ACACAAACGAUAAUUAUUAUAGUAAUAAUAUUGCUUAAACCCUACAAAAUAAUAUUGGAGGAGGGAUUUUGGGUAUGAAUGUGAGUUUAAAUCCAAAAGGCAUGUGGGCAGCAGUAACAACAACAAAGACAUUAUUCAACAAUUUUCAUUUCCAUUUUCACAAACAGAAUCAUAAGCAUUGGAACUUCACUAUUCCAAUUCUUCUUCUAAUGUCUAAUCCAACAACUGCUAGGGUUUCUGCUUCCUUCUCUUCUUCACCUUCUCCCGCGUCUCCUCUUCACGCCUCUCUCAAGCGCGUUGGUACUCACAAUGGAAGCUUCCAUUGUGAUGAAGCUCUUGGCUGUUUCAUGAUUCGUCUCACUCGGAAGUUUUUUGAUGCUGAAAUUGUUCGGACUCGUGACGCUCAGGUGUUGGAGAGUCUUGAUGCUGUUCUUGAUGUUGGGGGGGUGUAUGACCCUGCCCGAGAUCGGUAUGAUCAUCAUCAGAAAGGAUUUGAGGAGGUUUUUGGGCAUGGUUUCUCCACUAAGUUGAGUAGUGCUGGUCUUGUUUACAAGCAUUUUGGAAAGGAGAUUAUAGCCAAUGAACUUAAGGUAGAUGAAGAGCACCAAGAUGUGCAUUACAUAUAUUUGGCGGUUUACAGGAGCUUCAUGGAGGCAAUUGAUGCCGUAGACAAUGGAAUCAAUCAAUACGACACAGACCAGCCACCAAAAUAUGUGAAUAAUACUCACUUAUCAUCAAGAGUAGGAAGGUUUAAUUUGGAUUGGACAGAUGCUGAUCAGUCAUCUGAGAAAGAAAAUGAGGCCUUUCAUCGUGCCAUGGCUCUUGCUGGCAGUGAGUUUAUGGAUAGUGUUCGAUUUCAUGUAAACUCAUGGUUACCGGCAAGGUCAAUUGUAAUGGAGACCGUUGCGGCUAGACAAACUGUUGAUCCUUCUGGAGAAAUUUUAGUUUUGAAUAAAUUCUGUCCUUGGAAGCUUCACUUAUUCGAGAUUGAGGGGCAGAUGAAAAUUGACCCUCCCAUCAAAUAUGUUCUGUAUCAGGAUGAGAGAAGCAAACAGUGGCGAGUGCAGGCCGUUUCAGUAUCUCCCGAUAGAUUUGAGAGCCGAAAGGCUCUACCCUUGCAGUGGAGAGGUUUAAGGGAUGACGUACUGUCAAAGGAAGCUGGCAUUCCUGGUUGUGUUUUUGUUCAUAUGAGCGGAUUCAUUGGCGGAAACCAAACUUUUGAAGGUGCCUUGGCCAUGGCAAAAGCUGCUUUGAAGAUAUAGGCAAAGAAAGGAUUGUGAUGAGUUAAACACUGUCAUCCAUUAAUUUUGUAUAAUCUUUGAACAGUGGCUUAAAGAUAAUUUUAACAUUGAGUUAUUAACUUUUUUUACUUAUGUAGGUCUAUCAUAUCCACAAUUUCUUUCUAUAGGUGAACCUUGUAUCUAUGAUGUAUUCCCGAUACUCGGUCAUUGAUAUUUUGUUUUGAUUAGAUAUCAUUGAUUUUUGUUUAAUCAGGAUGUUUCCCUAUCA